AUGGCUGAUAAGUAUAGUCAAGCAAACCCUUUGUCACCCGCUAAUGCAAACCUCAGAAGUGACCAUGAAGCGGCCACUAUGCAAUCCCAGGCUGAGCUCAAACGCAAGAAGAGAAUCAAAGUGGCCAUAUAUGUCACUGUCUUUGUUGUGGUGCAGAUCAUAGUCGUCACUGUUUUCGCACUCACGGUGAUGCGAGUGAAGACACCAAAAGUGAGGUUGGGCAAGAUCAAUGUCCAAAACAUCACGGCUGUCCCUGCAACACCAUCAUUUGACAUAAACUUCACCACCCAAAUCCGAAUCAAGAACACAAAUUGGGGUCCGUACAAGUUUGAUGCAAGUAAAGUCACGUUUGAGUACAACGGUGACACUGUGGCACAACUUAGUGUUCCUAAAGGCAAGGCCGGAAUGCGUUCCACCAAAAAAUUUGAUGUCGCCGUGAGUUUGAAUUCGAAGGGGUUGAAAAAUUCCAAUCUAGCCAAUGAUCUGAACACUGGAGUUUUGUCUCUGACGAGCACGGCCAAGCUGACAGGAAAGGUGGAGUUGAUGUUGGUGAUGAAGAAGAAGAAGGCUGCAGCCAUGUACUGCGAUCUCCAAUUUAAUUUAUCGACAAAGCAGAUUCAGUUUUUGAGAUGCAAUUGA